GCAAACUGAAGUUCUCUAAUUGCAGCAGAGAUAGCCACAAUGCUAGCCCAGCAAUUGUUAGUUCAACCCCAACACGUUUCGAACGAAAAUUUUUUAUGAAUUCUGCGAAAAAUUUAUUUUUGAGUGUUGGGGCCCUGUGCUCCUUUGUUAUUUUUGUUUUAUUGUUUGGAUUAAUUUUUUAUAAAUUAUUUGGAGGCAGUGGAGAGGGAGAAUUGUUGAAAUCAACGAAAAGACCCACAAUUUCACCGUCUUUUAAAGAGUCAUCUGCAACAAACCGCCCAACCUUAACUAAUAAAACAAGUGUUCUGUCCAAUUGGAGAGGAUUUAAAAGAUUAUGGAAAGCUAAUAAUGAAUUAGAAAGAGCUCAAUUAAUUGUACAAAAUGUUAAUAUGAAUCCGAAUUCGACGUGGAGUGCAAGAUUGAAUAAAUAUACUAUUGGUAUCAAAUCAUUAAAUGAGAUGAUCAAUUUUACUGAUAGCUUUGAUCCUCUCAAUUCUACAUACAUGAUGGAUCCUUCAAGGCUAAAAUUUCUUGAAGACUAUUUGGAUACGGUAUUUCGUAUAUUUUUUGUGUUCAUUUCAAAAAUACAGGUCUUCAAGCAACACUAUACCGAGCACCUAACAAACCUCGAGCAACAAUUAAGACCCAUCCCCGAACGUUUCAACGCUGCCCAACGAUGGGGUGAUUGUGCGCAGUCAAUACUUCGAGUUAGAGACCAAGGCGGUUGUGGGUCUUGUUGGGCUGUUGCUGCCAUAUCUGUAAUUUCUGAUAGAAUUUGUAUUGCGUCUGAAGGGAGGGAAAGAAGUGGCAUUUCGGCGCAACAAUUAGUAGAGUGCUGUGAUUAUUGUGGAGGCUGUACAGGAGCCCCAAAUUCCUUCUUUCCCUUUCUUUACUGGCAUUUGGAAGGAUUAGUUAAUGAUCGUUGCUUCCCUUAUACAAUAGCCAGAGAUUGUGGAGCCCCCUGUCCACCUACAGAAUUUCAAAAUCCCCAAGGCUUAGGAUCAUGUUCUUUGGGCAAAACAAAGUGUGCGGAUGAAUAUUUACAGGCUACUAAUUAUAAAGCCAAAUAUGUCUACAAAAUUGGAAGUUUGGAAGAAGACGAUUCUGUUAAUCAGUUCCCUAAGCCUUUAACUAGCAGACUAAAAAUGAAUGAAACUGGGGAAUUUAAUGGGAGAAUUGGAGGAAUUGUUGAACUGCUUAAACGAGAAAUAAUGACACAUGGACCUGUGAUGCUUUGCUUUAGCGUUUUUGAGAGCUUUAUGCACUACCACGAUGGUGUCUACAACUUUGAUUUACAACCAGGGGAACAACAUGUAUACGACCACUGUGCAAAAAUAAUAGGUUGGGGACGGCAGAGGAGACCGAACAGUGUGGGGGUGCAAAACUAUUUAAUUGCCGGUAAUUAUAAAUUUUUGAAAAUCAGAAUUUUGAUUGACUGGGAGAACCUGAAAAACUCUAAAAAAUCAGAAUUAAAUCAGAAAUUAUGA